UUUAUGUGCAGUUGAUACCAGACUCACAGCCUCUCCAUAUCCUCAUAUCGAGAACAUCUGUGAUUCCCUAAGAGAAAGGGAGCUACUGAACAUUUUGGACCUGACCUUGGGGGGCACUGUGGCACAAGUUGAGAGUUGAGAGGAGAUAAUCAACAGUUGACACCAGACUCACAGCCUCUCCAUAUCCUCAUAUCAGGAAUAUCUGUGAAUCCCUAAGAGAAAGGAUGACACCAGACUCACAGCCUCUUCAUAUCUUUAUACCGAGAACAUCUGUAAUUCCCUAAGAUCCUAGAGAGGCUCUCUCACUGCUGUGUAGAGAGAGGAGACAAUGGAGGCUGCAGGUCACAGUAAGACACUCAGUGCAGAGUCUGCAGCACGUAGCUGUGGAACCAUGGAUAGAGCGGAAAUGACCAGAGAAUGGCUCAAUAAGCCUGACACAGAAGAUAAUGCUGUUGUUGAUGGAGGAUCAGAGACACACAGACCCCCAUCUCCAGUGCCCAGCUGUUUGUCUAUGAGGAGUGAAGCGUCCAUUCCUGCUCCUCCCUUCUUCAGCAGUGGACCACCCAAUGAUCAGGAGAAUAUCGCAUGUUAUAAUUGCCGACGGAAUCCUGCAAAAUAUUGUAAGACAUGUAAAGCCUCCUACUGUAUGACUCACCUGAUGAGACACAUCAACACAACAAAAGUACAUGAACUAGUUCCAGUACCAAAAGCGUCACCAGUGGAAGUCAGUUCACUUCAUUGGAGCAGAUCAGGUAUUGCAUGGGUGGUGCCAGUUAUUCUUGGUAUCCUGGUCUCACUGAUAUACAUCAGAUUCAGCCAAUUCUCCCACCCUGAAGGUCCUGCCGAACUUCCUCAGCUGAGAGUGAUGUUGGUGGGGAAGACUGGAUCAGGAAAGAGUGCAUCAGGAAACACCAUCCUGGGCAGAGAGGCAUUUAAGGCUGAAGCAUCUGCUUUACCUGUGACCAAAUACUGUGAGAGUAAAGGUGGAAUUGUGGAAGGAAAUAAAAUAACUGUAAUUGACACACCAGGAAUCACAUCAAGGAAUGAUUCAUGGCUGUCAGAAAAGGAAAAUAUAGCUCUAGGAUCCCAUGUUUUCUUAUUUGUGAUUCAACUGGGUCGAUUCACGGAAGAAGACAGCAAUGAAGUGAAGGGGAUCCAGACUCAUUUUGGUGAAGUGGCUCUGAAGUUCACCAUUGUUUUGUUUACUGGAGGAGACCAGCUGAAAGGGAAAUUAGUUGAGGAUUUUCUGCAGGAGAGCUCUGGACUGCAGACUCUCGUGAACAGUGCUGGUGGUGGAUAUCAUGUCUUUAAUAAUAUAAAUCCAAAAGGGCACCAACAGGUGAAGGAACUGCUGCAGAAGAUAGAGGUGUUACUGAGGAAGAACAUGGGCUUCUCCUACUCCCAUGGCCUGCAUGAACAGAUGAAAAUAACUUUGAAGAAGGAGGAAGAGAAGAGACAUGAAUUGCAAGAAUUCUUAGAAAGGAUAGGAAAGGGAAAAAAUCUAGAAUUAAUCAAAAAUAUGGAUAAAAGGUUAGAGCGUAAGUUUAAGGAGCAGAUGAAACGUACAAUGACUAUCAGGUUUGCAAACGCAACAGCUAUUUUGAAUGAAUUAAGGGAGAACAUCAAGGCUACAACAGAGCAGAAUUGGAAUUAUCUGACUACAUUGAUACACGGGUUGGUGAGUGGAAGUACUGCAGUUAUUCUUGUAGUAAUCACAAAAUAUGAAAAUAAGAUUGUUCAUUUUCUGCUUAUAUUGUUUUCGUGUGUGCUUUUUGUGACUGGAAUUGUACAAAAUUAUGUGACAUUCCUGAUUGCCUAUCUGACUGUGCUGAUUGUAGGUGUGGUAACUGCUCAAGUUGAAUUUGCAAUUGACAAAUUAGAGAUUAAAAUAAGAGGCUGGCUAAAGAGCAAGAGCGACACUUGAAAAAUUUUACAUCCAGAAUAUUGUAAAUUUGCUCACUUUGCCAGAGAUGUACCACAACUGAUGAGACAAAAACCUUUGUUCUAACAUUUCAUAUUAUACUUCUUUUUCCAACAAGUCAAAAUAGACCUAUGGAAUGUACAAAAAAUGUCCCUGAAGCUGUUUGCGCAAAAUUCCUCUCAGAUUGCACAUUAUCAUCAGCUCCAUUCUUGCCAGUUUCAGUCCCUUUCAGAAUAGGCCAUUUCUGGGGACUGUUGCUUUAAAUGCAAAUUUGCACUUGUUGGCCACGGCCCACUCUAGAACUGAUUCCAUGCUUACAUCAAUGGGCAGCAUGUCGAAAGCCAGGAGGGAAUAUGAGUCGGUGACUCGUCGAUAGAGGAUUCUCCACCAGAAAGCCUUAGACUGCCAGUGAUAGAAAGUGAUAGCAAUUUGUUACGCAGGAAUAAUAAAGAAUGUGUGACCAACGUCAUUGUCGGUUUUGUUUGAGUUUUCAUGGUAAAGUAGCCUAAUAGUCAAGUUAUUGGAGUUUAGCCGAGACAUCUGCUACAAUAGUCCUGGAGGAAUCAAUUCAGACACUGCUGUAUGCAUGAUGUAACAUGGCCUAACAUUGUUAAAUGACAGAUGCAGGGAUAUCCUUUACCAACCCCACUCCCAGUCGUGUCAUAUUGCUUAAAUAUGCCAACAAGAAGUUUCUGAUGGGGAGUUUCUGUUUGUAUACUUGAAAUAUGGAUUAUAUCAAGUGCGUAAAAGACAUUUGGAUAUUUUGUGUAGCUACACAAAAUACUGUUGAUAGGCUCUUUCACAUGGUGCUAGUUGGAAAUGACCAAUAUGAAGGAUCUUCAACAGGAAGCGCCUAACCUAGUGGGUGGGAAUUUUCAGAUGGGGGUGGGUAGUCAGCACUCUAUAUGGCUCUGGGGGUAGUAAUAUUCAAAUUUCCCCAACUGUGACGUAACAAUGAGGGAGAAAUCUGACUUAGCUCACAGAAGCGCAUGGUUUCUGACAUCAACGUUUUGCAUAAUUUGGCUCCUUUAAAGAACAUUAUGCCCUAUAUGUGUAUUUUCAUUCACAUUGAAUUCUAGAAAAUUGCAUCUCACUAUUUCUUAAUAGAUUAAUCAAAUGGUUUUAUUUGAUGAUAAAUGCUUUUGCAUGUGACACUUUGUCCAACUUAUGCACUUUGCAUAAACUUUGACAGACUGCAUCUCUUGAAUAUAGUUUUCAUUCUGUUUCAGCCUUCACUGUUUCAUAACACUUUCAAUUCAUCAUUGAUACUUUCAUUGAUAUAUCAUCUACUGUCAGCCAUUGAGCCAGUUGUUUGAGCGAUUUCUGUUCUGUAUAUAGUUGUUGUUUACUGUUCUCCAUUGGGCUGGGAUAUGUUCUGCAUGUCCAAUGAUGAUAAGAAUGUCGGUCAUAAUAUGUCUACCUGUCCAGAUAACCCCCUUUCCAGGUUCACUGUCUAAUUUAUACUGUAUUCACUGUCUAAUUUAACUGCUUCCUGUCAAUACGGUGACAGUCCCCAGGCAGUAAGGACAGUUACACUUCCAUAUUUGUAUUUAGUUGUUUUAUGUUUCAUUUGUAUAUUGUGUUUAUCAAAUAAAGAUGAAGGCUAUA